AUGCAACGGGGGGCAUAUGGGCAGUCGCCCCCGUUGCACCACCCCGUCCCGCAACAUGUUUCUACAGUUCCCCAGCUCAGAUCACCACCUCCGCCGCCUGGGUCUGCGCAGUCAAUGGGGCAAACGUACGGAGGAGCGAGUACCCCAUAUCAGCAGCAGGGCGGCAAUAGCGGCAACGUCUUUGGCGCCUACGGACAAUUCAUGAAUGAUCCAACAGCGCAGGUUGCUGCUCAAUUUGGUCAAACCGCUUUCAAGCAUGGCCAGGAAUAUGUCGAGCAGAAUAUUGGCCGAUACGUCAACGUCUCUGCGUUAAAACACUACUUCAACGUCUCUAACUCAUACGUCGUCAACAAAUUGUUCCUCGUCCUAUUCCCCUGGAGACACAAGCCUUGGGCGCGCAAACAAGCUACGGGAGCCAGUGGGCAGGAAGGAUGGUAUUUGCCUCCUCGUGACGACGUCAACAGUCCCGACAUGUACAUUCCAGUUAUGGCUCUUGUCACAUAUAUUCUCCUCUCCACAUUGAUUGCCGGUCUCAAGGGCCAAUUCAAACCCGAGUUGUUAGGAUACACCGCCACGACCGGCAUGGUAGUCGUCAUCGUUGAGAUAGUCGCCCUGAAGCUGGGGUGCUACCUGUUGAGCAUCUCAAGCCAGUCUCAGCUUCUUGACUUGAUUGCCUACUCUGGCUACAAGUUUGUGGGCAUCAUUGCCACUAUUGUUGUGGCUGAAAUUCUCAACGGCGGCAAGGGCACCGGCGGAUGGAUUGGCUGGGGUGUGUUUCUCUACACCUUUUUAGCCAAUUCGCUGUUCUUGAUGCGAUCGUUGAGAUACGUUCUCCUGCCUGAGACAUCGGGCAACACUGGCGGUCCUAUGCAGACCGAUUCCCGCGCAAAGCGUAACCAACGCACCCAGUUCCUCUUUUUCUACUCGUACAUUGUUCAACUUUUCUUCAUGUGGCUACUCACGAUGGGAAUUUGA